AUGAUCCACUUCUUUUUCAUCCAAAACAAAGUUGGCCGCGUUCGUCUUGCAAAGUGGUACGACGCAUACUCUGAAGAUGAAAAAGUGAAACUGACGAGUGACAUCCAUAGGAUUUUGAUCACCAGAGAUUCGCGCCACACAAAUUUCCUCGAAUUCCACAACCUGAAAUUGGUAUAUCGCAGAUACGUUGGACUUUAUUUCAUUUGCGGAGUCGACGAAUCCGACAACGAGUUGGCUUGCUUGGAGGCAAUCCAUAUGUUUGUUGAAAUACUCGACAGCUACUUUGGCAGUGUUUGUGAACUUGACUUGAUCUAUUACUUCCACAAAGUGUAUCAAGUAAUCGACGAGGUGUUCUUGGCGGGUGAAGUCAUGGAACACAGAAAACAAGUCGUUUUGGGUCAACUUCGAGCGAUUGAUAACUUGGCACAAGCUUCUCAAUAA